GUGCUGCGAUCGGAGGCGGCGGCUGGCGCGGGCCCUGCCGGCAGGAGGCGCCCCUCUCGGCUACAGGUGCCCGCGCCGGGCCAGCCGUGGAACCUCGUUCUAGCUGGAGAAGGAGGAAAAGAGGAGAAGGAAGGGGCCGGGCCGGUUCCUCGCCCCCCGCUCCCCGGAUGGAUGUGCCGGGCCCGGUGUCCCGGCGGGCGGCGGCGGCGGCCACCAUGCUCCUGCGCACGGCUCGGGUCCCCCGCGAGUGCUGGUUCUUGCCCACCGCGCUCCUCUGCGCCUACGGCUUCUUCGCCAGCCUCAGGCCGUCCGAGCCCUUCCUGACCCCCUACCUGCUGGGGCCCGAAAAGAACCUCUCGGAGAGGGAGGUCUUCAAUGAAAUUUAUCCAGUAUGGACUUACUCUUACCUGGUGCUGCUGUUUCCCGUGUUCCUUGCCACAGACUACCUCCGUUAUAAACCUGUUGUUCUGCUGCAGGGACUCAGCCUUAUCGUCACAUGGUUCAUGCUGCUCUACGCCCAGGGACUGCUGGCCAUUCAGUUCUUAGAAUUCUUCUAUGGCGUUGCCACAGCCACUGAAAUUGCCUAUUACUCUUAUAUUUACAGUGUGGUAGACCUGGGCAUGUACCAGAAAGUCACAAGUUACUGCCGAAGUGCCACCUUGGUGGGCUUCACAGUAGGUUCUGUCCUGGGGCAAAUCCUUGUCUCAGUGGCAGGCUGGUCCCUGUUCAGCCUGAACGUCAUCUCUCUCACCUGUGUUUCUGUGGCUUUUGCUGUGGCCUGGUUUCUGCCCAUGCCACAGAAGAGCCUUUUCUUUCACCACGUUCCAUCCACCUGCCAGGCUGUGAAUGGCAUCAAGGUACAAAAUGGUGGCAUUGUUCCUGACACCUCAGCUGCUAACCGCCUUCCUGGGUGGGAAGAUCUUGAGUCAAAAAUCCCUUUAAAUAUGGCAGAGCCUCCCACGGAGGAACCGGAAGCCAAGCCAGACCGUCUCCUUGUGCUGAAGGUACUAUGGAGUGAUUUCUUGACAUGCUACUCCUCUCGCCCUCUGCUCUGCUGGUCCGUGUGGUGGGCCCUCUCCACCUGUGGCUAUUUUCAAGUCGUGAACUACACCCAGGGCCUGUGGGAGCAGGUGAUGCCUUCCCGCCAUGCUGCUGCUUACAAUGGCGGUGUGGAGGCUGUUUCAACCUUGCUGGGUGCUGUUGCCGUGUUUGCAGUUGGUUAUAUAAAAGUAUCCUGGUCCACUUGGGGAGAAAUGACGCUGUCUCUGUUCUCACUCCUGAUUGCUGCCGCUGUGUACAUCAUGGACACUGCGGGUAACAUUUGGGUGUGCUACGCAGCCUACGUUGUCUUCAGGAUCAUCUACAUGCUACUCAUCACUAUAGCAACUUUCCAGAUUGCUGCAAACCUCAGCAUGGAGCGCUAUGCCCUAGUGUUUGGAGUAAAUACCUUCAUUGCCCUGGUGCUGCAGACUCUGCUCACUCUGAUUGUGGUAGAUGCCAGUGGUCUUGGCUUAGAAAUUACCACUCAGUUCCUGAUCUACGCCGGCUAUUUUGCUCUCAUUGCUGUGGUUUUCCUGGUUAAUGGCACAGUCAGUAUUAUGAAGAAAUACAGAAAGCAGGAAGAUCCAGAAUCGAGCUCUCAAGUAACCACUUCAUAAUCUACUGCCGAAAGCCGCCUUCUUACAGCAAGAGCUCUGCCCAACGACUGUGCCUGGAUGUAUUUAACUUUUUAAGGUGUAGACAUAUAUCUAUGAAUGUGCAUUUCAUGGCCUCAGAGCAGCCGCUUGACUAGUACCUUGUGUUCUUGGACUAAUGUAAUGCUAUUCAGAGGAGCCAGAAGUGAAGUUUAUUUCACGGAUUAUUUAUGAGAGCUAUUUUAAGGAUAACUCUUCCGUGAUUCAAAAGUGAACUUGAUUUUGAAACUAAGUAAUCAAGCAGCACAUGGCUUGUAUACUUGAUUAACGGGUGAGUUUGAUGUUUUAAGGGUCAAGUACUUCUCAACGCCCUUGGCCAGAAGCUUGACCUGGUAGGACCAGGGCUUUCCGGGCCCACAGGAGGCUCUAGUCGAGAUGGAAGUGCGGUCUAACAGCACCUGCCUCUGUUCAGCUUAGUUUUGAUUUCUGUAUUUACCCACGGGCAUUUGUGUUUCUACAGAUGAAAAUUGUUCCUAUUUACUGACAGUAUUUGCUCUGGUUUAGUGUUCUGUAAGGAGCGUAUGUCAUUUCUCAUUUUAAGUUAUUUUUAAAAAUUCAUUGUAUGAGUGUUCUCGGUUAAUGUCUUGACAGUUAUGUACUCGUGUAGGUUUUCUUCAGAAGUACAUUUUUGCAUUGUUCAUCUGCUUCCUAGAGAAGCUCAUGGACUUAGAGGAGAAGGCAAGUUUUAAAGCCUAACAACCUAAACAAAGAGACUAAUCAGAAAACUUAAGGUAGGCCUGCUGCCCUUCUUUAAUUCUUCGUUAUGAAAGACUGUCAAUUCCGUGAGGAAAAGUUGGUAUCUGGGCUAAGGAUAUAACUAGCCCAUUUUUUAUUUGCAUUCCCUUUAUCUCCAAAAUAACAUUAAAAAGUUUUUUUGUUUUUUUUCGUCAUCACCAUCUCUAGCUUUUCUAUUGUUUUGUCCUUCUUAUACAAGUUAAGGAUGCAAUUAGGACUUGGGGCAUUCCAAGGCCUUUUUCAUAAACUGAGCCCCUCUAAUUAUUUCAGCCGGACAGAGACUUACAUUGACUCGAUGCCUGGAUUUUGUGUGUGAAAUCUGUCUUUGUUUCUAAGAGUCAGUAAUCCUGAAUAUUUGCUUAAAAUUAGGAUUGCUAGUGAUUCCAUUUCUAAGUUAUCUGAAGAAACGGCCUGUAUGCGUUUAAUUUUGAAAUCAGUCUACCAAGUGGCUGCAGUGUAUGUGAGAUAUGAACACUUUUCAGUUUUUGAAAAAGCCAGUUUUCUUGCCUUAACCUGCAAGAUCUUUAGGUAGGUGCUUUGAACGAGAGUGUUAACUUUUUCAGAAUGACACAGCUGAACAGUGAUGAUGAUAACAACGUGAAGAUCGUGAAACUGACGUAUUCAAUUUGGCUUAAGCCGGAACCCGAACGGCAGAUGAACGGGGAGAAGUAGGUCGUUUUCCAUGUACCUUCCUUCCCCAGUAAAGGAAAGGAGAGGAGCUCUGGCUACAGAAGGAGGGGGAAGCGGUGACUUAAAGGUAGCAGCCACCAACUUUGCAUUUUGUGGAUCCCUUUUUGCUUUGUUUUGUUUUUUUGCUACAUAGGGAAUUGUUUAUUCAGAAACAAAUAGAAAAGUGGUGUUUGAAGGAUUUUAUUUAAUCUUUUUUUUUUUAAAUAAAGUGGACUGUGGUACAGUAAAUUAUUCACAUUACCAAAGCAAUAUUUCCCUGUAAUUUAAUCGGAAGUUGUGGCAUACAACCGAAGCCUUUACUUAUUUAAGACAAGAAUAAGUUCACAUUUUGGUGUGUGGCCGUAUUUAUGGAAUGCUAAAUCUAGUCUUCAAGUGGUAUUGUAUGCAGUUUUGCAAAGAAGUGAAAAUAAUUUGUGGUAACUUUUUAUUCAAUUCUGUAUAGAUUAUGAAAAUUAUUUUUAUUAAAUAAAUAUUUUACAUUCUGUGUCCUUUCUUUUAGGAAAUUAUCUAAACAUCUCACCAGCAGGAACAUCUAUUCUAUCUUUUAACAGUUCCCCCUAAGACAAAUUUCAUGCCAAGUCUCCCCUCUCCUGGUCUUCUCGACCCGCCUCCAGUCAGCCUGGUUGUUCUUUCAUUGCCUGCGGUCUUUACUUUUGAUUCUUUUUCUUUGGUACUCUUGUUUUUCCAGUUUUCCCUGGCCUCACUUUGCACUGUUAUUUUUCUUGGUCAUUAUCUUGGCACCUCUCUAUCUCUUUUUAAAGCAUUGUUCCCUUUAGAAACCUAAAAGAUCCAUACUCCCUUUGAAGUUAACUGAAUUUUAAAAAUAAAAUAAGUCAAGGCAAUGGCAGAAAGUACCAUCUUGUUUUGAAACUUAUAAAACCUUUCCUCCACCUCAAAGUAUUCUGAUACCCAUCAGCUGAGAACCAUUCUUCCUUAUAUCCCAGAAAUUAAAUCAAUCUUUUCUCACAGUAUCCAAAUCAGUACCUUCCCUUUCAUAUUCCAUUCCAAAACCUAUUUCAUUAAAGCAUUUCAUUAACUAUCACCAAAGACUAGGAAAGUUUUCAUGAAAAUUAAUUAAUUAAAAAUAGAGGAUUUUCUGUGUCUACAGUUACAUCCCCUGUAACUCAUUGCCGUUCAGAUUGUAAGCUAUCUGAGCAGAUUCCGUGUCUUAUUUUUGUCUUCUAUUGCAAACUACAUCCUGGUGCCAGAAGAAUAUUGAAUUGUAAUGGCUUGUUCAUAUGAUGGACUCAACAUAGUCACCUCCUGUACUACAUAGCUCCAUGCCCGUGGCCUUAAAAGCCACGUCAACAAAAACGUUAAUAUGAAAGUGCCUGUUGAUGACCUCUAGUCAAGGCAUUGCUGUGCUUUAAUCAGAGAAAUGGGAUGAGAACUCCUUGUUUGGCUUUUUAUGGCCUCCUCUCCAUAAUUGAUACCUUACAUUUGUUUAACUUCUACUUUGGAAAAGGCCUUUGUGAACAUUAUCUCCUUUGAUUCUGGAAAAGGAUCUUUCAGUAUUACGCAUUCCUCUACUUCUUUCAGAAAGUAAUACUGAUGGAAGAGAGUUCUGAAUGCCAGAUUUGCCACUCAGCUAAAGCCGUGAUACCUUUGGGAAGUCACUCUAUUGAGCCUCAGUUUCCUUGUCUGUAAGCGGGGAUGAUACCGAUGUCACAGGAUGGUUGUGAAGAAUCGAGAAAACAUCCAUGACAACACCUGUCACAGUACUGGACCCUGAAGAGAAGAUUGAAAAAUCAGCUCCUUUCCCCUUCCUCUCCAUUUACUAUUCAUUUGUAGUUAUCUGAAAAGCAGACUCUCAAAGGAAACUUUUCUUGGAAUGUUUCCAUGAAAAUGAAAUUGAUCAGAGGCUUUUAAAAGCCCUCCUGCCUUUUUUAUUCACGUUUUGGAAAGCACUUCACAUUUUCAAAGAUGAAGAAAUCAUGGCUCCUGCCCUUAAGGAACUUAAAAUGUACGAUAGGAAAAGAUAAGUAGAAAGGAUAACAACUACACAACUAAUAUAAGACAGUAUGUCAGCUAACGUAACAAUCCAAAGCCUUGGAUUGCAAAGAGAGCAAAUAAAUACAUUGGGAAAAUCAGGAGUGGCUUCCUGAAGGAGAUGGCAUUUGAGUUGACCAUGCAGAAUGGGUAGGAUUUUAACAGAGAUUUGGAAAGAGGGAACUCUGAAGUGGAGAAACAGGCAUGACGUGUUAAGGACAGACAGUGUGGAGGUGUAUAUGAGAUAGGGUACAAUUAACAAGAAAAAUGUGGAGAGGAAUAGGGUAAGAUAAAGCUGGAAAGACAAUUUGGGGGUUGUCUUAGGGUUCUCUAGAGAAACAGAACCAAAAAAGAUUUAUUUAAAAGAGUUGGCUCAUGGACUAUGAGGGCUGGCAAGUCUAAGAUCUGUAGGUCAGACACCAGGCUGGAGAUUCUGUCUUCUUGUGUCCCAAAAUCCAUAGGUCAGGCAACGAGAAGAGUGGAGAGCUUCUGGCAAGAUGUCUGUUUACAGUCUGGAGGCAGAAUAUAGCCUAGGAAAACUCCAUUUCACUCGUGAGGCCUUGAAUUGAUUGGAUGAGGCAAACUCACAUUAUGGAGGGUAAUUUGCUUUACUUAAACAUAGAAAAAAAAAAGAAACUUUUUUUUUUUUUUUAACUACUUAAUAAUAGCCAAACAACUGGGCAGCAUAGCCAGCCUAGCCAAGUUAACACGUAAAAAACUAACCAUCAUAGUCCAUUCCUUGUCACCUGGGCACCCAUAAUGCAUCUCCUUAAACUGGGUUUAAACCAUGCUUAAUCUCCAAAUAAAGACAAUAGCGAAGUCAUACUUCCUGCUAACAUCAUAACGUUAUCCUGCUUACAGCCAAAAAUGCACUAACCCUUUCCCCAGAGAGGAUGCAGGGUCCUUCACUGAUGUUGGCCCUAUAACAUAAAUACUACGAUGUAAAGUUUAUACAUCUUAUGUUUAUGAUAAGUAAUGGAAUAAGGAAGGUGGCACAGUGGUUAAGCACUCAGCUGCUAACUGAAGGGUCAGUGGUUUGAACUCGCAAGCUGCUCCUCGGUAGAAGGAUGAGGCAGUCUGCUUCUGCAAUGAUUUGGAAAUGAUAGCCUUGGAAACCCUGUAGGACAAUUUUACUCUGUUCCUGGGUCGCUGUGAUAUGGAAUAGACUCGAAGGGAAUGGGUUUUUUUGUUUGUUUUGUUGUAAUAAGACAGGGAAGAAAACAAAAAUAACUGAAAUUAUAUACAUACAUAUACCACACACACCAAACCAAACCCAGUGCCAUCAAGUCGAUUCCGACUCAGCGACCCUAUAGGACAGAGUAGAACUGCCCCAUAGAGUUUCCAAGGAGCACCUGGCGGAUUCGAACUGCCGACCCUUUGGUUAGCAGCCGUAGCUCUUAACUACUAUGCCACCAGGUUUUCUGUCACACACAGAAUUCAUAAAAUAAGGAAGAAAUAUUCAACAGUUAGAAUCGUCAUUUCUUCAACCGGUCAGGUGGUCAUAGCUGGUAUGUACAACCAGGGCUUUCAGGUUUGAACCCCUGCUGAGAAUUUGCAUUUCUAACAGGUUCCCAAGAAGUUAUACACAAGAAUCCCCGGGGGAUUUUGUUAAAAUGUGGAGUCCAAUUCAGUAUACCUGGGGUGGAAAUGCACAUUUUCAGCUGGGAAUUUGUUACAAAUGUGAAUUCUCACAGGAGUUCUAACCAGAACAAACUGGUUCGAAGCCCUGUGUAUGACUGUCUUCUCCCGCUGCCAAUUCCAUAUUCCCUCUGCCUUCAGCAAGCACCUCAGCUGGUCGUGUUCUUUGCCUGAUGGGGUGAGUCAGAUCUUCAUUCCUGAAGGGUCUGGGCCGUUGGUUUGUAGCUUCCUAUUGAAUUUAAUCAGAGAUUAGUACUGAGAGAUGCCUUAAGGAAUCUCCUGUAUUCCAGACAUACUCUUCUUCAGCUCCAUUAUAUAACAGUUCAGUUUCCCUUGGUCAUCGGGAUCAAUGACAUCAGCCAGUAUGGGCCCAUUGCUGCAUUUCACUUGCUGUGAUGUGAGUUCCUUAAUCAGAAGCAAUACUGUAGAGAAUAUCAUGAUGGUAGAUAAGAAAUAAUAGACCUCACUUCACAUGUCAGAGAACUAACAUUCUGCCAGUUGUUGAGUAUGUCUAUUCCAAUUAUGCAUUCUGGAAUUGGGAAAAUCACUACAGGAUGGGUUUGGAGACCUUCUGGAUUCACUAUAAGACGGACCUGAGCUAAAACUCCAUUGCUCACCUGACAUCCAUACACCCCAACUCUGACUGGUGGACCACAACGAUGUUUUGGGCCUCUCGAUUAGUGUCAGUUCAGAGCCAGUAUCUUAGUAAUCAGGAAAAGUCUAAUGCCAGUCACCUUGGUAAAAUGUAUGAAGGUGUGGGGGUGUUUAUAAGAUAGGGAAGAAUUAACAAGGAAUGUGUUGGAGAGGAGUAGGGUGAGAUAAAGUUGGAAAGACAGUUUGGGGGUCAUCACAUAAGGUUAUUAAUUAAGAGAUGGGGGUGAGGGGUAAUGAUUAAGCUGAUCUUUAAGAAGUAUACCUGGCAGCGGUGAAUAGGAUGAAUUGUAUGGGACGAUACUACCUAAAAUUGCUAGUUGGAAUGCCAUUGUAAUUGGUAGGUGACUUACGGCAGUCGAAAUAGAAAUGGAGAAUAUAUACCAGUGAAGCUCAUAAUACUGUGUCAGUCUACCCCUGCUGAUUUGAUAGCAUAAAAAAAAAAAGUAGCCGUCAAGUCAAUUCCGACUCAUAGCGACCCUAUGGGACAGAGUUCAACUGCCCCAUACAGUUUACAAGAAGUGGUGGGUGGAUUCAAACUGCUGGCCUUUUGGUAGCAGCCAGGUUCUUAACCACUGCACCACCAGGGCUCCUAGAUAGUCCCCUAGAUUGUCUGCUGUGUACAAAUACAAUGUACAAAAGGCUCCUGUGUUAGGGUAGGUGGCAUUGUGCUGGAAGAAGGGCUAUGGCUCAGUUGAGGCUGGUUUGAGAGGCAGGAAUUGCUGGAGAAGUUCAAUUCCAACUUUGGAAAGUUCUCCAUUGGGUCUGAGCAAUAGUGAUUUACAGAUUUACAUCUGAAGGUUGAGUUUGGGGAUGGGUAAUUAAUGAUAGUUAAUGAAGGAAAAGGAAAACCUAGGAUCAAAAAGCAAGAUCGACGAUCACAGACCGGGGGAUAAUUACAAAAUGCAAAAUUAUAUAUCUAAUAAAGGACUUGUCACCAGAGUAUAUAAAGAACUUUUACAACUCAAUAAAAAAAUAAACAACCCAGUUUAAUAAUUGGCAAAAGAUUUAAAUAGACAUUUCAUCAAAAAAGACGUACCAAUGGCUAACAAGCACAUGAAAAUUGCUCAACAUCAUUGGUCAUCAGGAAAAUGCAGAUUAAUGUGAAAUGAGGUACUAAAUAUACCACUAAAAAACCCUAGAAUGGCUGUAACAAAAAAGGCAGACAAUACCAAGUGUUAGCAAGGAUGCAGAGAAACUGGGACCCUCAUACACUGCUGGAGGGAAUGUAACAUGGUUCAGCCAUGUUUGCGAACAGCUUAGCAGUUUAUUGAAAAACUUACAUAUGGCAGGCGCCAUUCUACUGAUCCAGAUCUAACCAAAAAAGAAAACAUACAGCCACACAAACAAUUGUGUGCAAAUUUUCAUAGCAGCAUUAUUCAAAAUAGCCCAAAGGGGAAAAGAAACCCAAUGCCCAUCAACUGGUGAGUAGAUAAAAUGUAGUCUACCUGUACAGUGACUACUAUUCUACCACAAAAAGGAACAAAAUCCUGAUAGAGAACCUCAAAAACAUUGUGCUAAGUGGAUGAAGAUAGAUGUAAAAUACUAUAUAUG